UGACAGAUCUACGCUGACCCUGCCAAAAGGCUGGAGCUGUAUUUCCGCCCCAAGGACCCCUAUUGCCACCCCGUGUGUGCCAACCGCUUCCCCACCUCCACCAUGCUGCUCAGGGUCAGGAGGAGGAGCAAGAAGAAGCAGCAGAUGGACACCGAGGAACAAUUCCAGCCAGACGUCCAGUUUGAGAUGGAGAUUCUUGGGAUUGUCACCACUGUUUACAAAUUUCAAGGAAUGUCUGACUUCCAGUACCUGGCAAUGCACUCUGGCCCUGAUGGCAAACAAACCUCCAUGUAUGACAAAGUCCUGAUGCUCAAACCAGAGAAGGAAGAAUUUUUCAAUAGGGACUUACCUCUUUACAUCCCACCACCCAUUUUCUCUCGUCUGGACACUCCUGUGGACUAUUUUUAUCGCCCAGAUAUACAGCACAGGGAGGGGUACAACAAUCCCCAGGUGUCUGGUGAGAACCUGAUUGGCCUCAGCAGGGCCCGGCGCCCACACAAUGCCAUCUUUGUCAACUUUGAUGAUGAAGAAAUCCCAACUAAACCACUGGAUGCUGCUGUACAGAACUGGAAGAAAGUGUGCACCAAUCCUGUGGAUAAAAAGGUGGAGGAGGAGCUGAGAAAGCUCUUUGAAGCACGUCCUGUGUGGUCUCGCAAUGCAGUGAAAGCCAAUAUCAGUGUCCAUCCAGACAAGCUGAAGGUGCUGCUGCCUUAUUUGGCCUAUUACAUGUUAACAGGUCCUUGGAGAAGCUUGUGGGUUAGGUUUGGGUAUGACCCCAGAAAACAGCCUGAAGCAAAGAUUUAUCAAGUGCUGGACUUCCGAAUUCGCUGUGGAAUGAAAUAUGGUUAUGCUGCUACUGACAUGCCUGUGAAAGCAAAACGCAGCACGUACAACUACAGCCUGCCCAUCACUGUCAAGAAACAAGGAAGUCACACAGUCAGUGUCCAUGACCUGAAACAGGGGCUGGGUUCAGCUGGCACAUCUGGGGCAAAAAAGCCCCCCUCCAGCAGGUAUAAGCUGAAGGAAUCCGUCUACAUUUUCCGAGAAGGAGCCUUACCCCCUUACCGACAGAUGUUCUACCAGCUCUGUGACUUAAAUGUGGAAAGCCUGCAGAAAAUCAUCCAUCGGAACGACGGCACCGAGUCGGAAUGCACGGAGCGGGACGGGUGGUGCCUUGCCAAGACAAGCGAUGACCUGAGGGACAGCAUGUCCCUGAUGAUAAAGCAGAUCAUCAGAUCCACCAGACCUGCUCUUUUCUCAAAUACAACAAGCAGUGAAGAUGGCAAAGAACAGCUGGCAUAUGAGUCUGGAGAGGAUGAGGAUUAUGAAGAGGAGGAGGAAGAAGACUUCAAGCCUUCUGAUGGGAGUGAAAAUGAAAUGGAGACAGAAAUUCUGGACUAUGUGUGAACUCAGUGAGCAGUGUGACUGCUGUGGACAGAACUGUCUCUGCUCUUGCUCCUUGAGAGCCAAGGGUUCAGCAUCAGGAUCUGGGAAAGCAGAGCUUGUACUGAGCUGAUGAUGUUCUCUCUGCACUGACUGCUGGUGGGCAGCAUUCUGGAUGUUUGGGAGCCACUGCCUGCAUUUUCAGAAUUGCUGCUGAGAAACCCUCCAGCAAGCUCAACAAACUCCCAAGAGUGAGCCCAGAAUCUAAACCAGCUGGUGACACACCAGAAUAUGGGAGAAGCUGCAUUCCCAAGUCCCAUGUGUGGGAGGGCACUCUCUCCAGGUUGGUGGCCAUGUGGAAAAUAGAAAGGGUGCCUGAGGAGAUGCUGGGAGAAGAAGCAGUCCAGUGCUCCUGGAGUCCCUAAGGCAGGGUCUGCCCUUCUGCUUGUCCAGAGGGAAUGAAUACUGUGCCAUGCCUUCAGCACUGAGCCUUGCAGGAAAAUACACUUUCUGUCAGUGAAUAAUUCCCUUCCUGGGAUGUAGUGUUUGUUGUCCUUCAUACCUGAUGCACUUCUCAGCUCUGACUUCCCCAGCUAGCAGUUAACAAGGACUGAAGGCAGCUGGCAGAGGGGCAGAGCUUCAGGUGCACAGAGGUUGGCCACUGCCAGCUGCAUUGUUCCCACCAACAGAAAGUCCCAAAAAUUAAAGAACUACUGCUGUUUUCUGGAUCUUAUGCGUUCCCCAGUGUGUUCUGAGCACAUCUGAAAGCUAAGCUUUCUUUUUUAAAACGGGUAAGACCUCCUCCACUGAAGAUGCUCUACGGGCUGUUACAGUUGCUUUUAAAGCUGCUACUUGUAACAGAAGCAUAAACCCAACAAAUUAAAACUGGAAAAUACAACAGUUUCAAUUUGCAGGU